UGUACAGCAGCUGGGAGCCGCUGUUCAGGAUACACGGAUUGAACGAGCUACGACUUCACCGGGACUGUAUACACACGGUGAACCGUACCACUGGGGAAGUGACUUAUAGGCUGCGUGGACCCUACCACUGGGGAAGUGACUUAUAGGCUGUGUGGACCUCACCACUGGGAAAACUGCGUGGAACGUGGAGGUUCAGAUAUCCAGGGUAGCAAGUUUGCUCCCCUCCUGGCUUGACCCAACGUUCCAUCUUCUGCCAUGUAGAAGACCAGCCCUGACCUGCUGGUGACACCAUGCUGCUGUGUGCCCAGAGCUGCCCCUCAGUGGGCGCUGAGCCUUCUUGAAGUAAGAGGCACCAGUGGUGGUAAACCCACCCACACGAUUGGCUGGCAGAGGGGCAAGUGCGUCCUGUCCCCUCCUGCGGGGGUGUGAGUUGGGGCUGUGAAGAGGCUCCAGGGACAUGUGAAGUAGAUGUGCUAAAGGAUGUACGUGUGUGCACCCCUGGAGAUGGCAUGACAUGGUGCUGAGAGCACAAUCCCCCGUGGGUCACUUAUGGAUCUGACCUUCUAAUGGAUCAGGAGUAAGGACAUCAAACAUUCCUUUGGGACAAGGAGGAACAGGUGGCGAUCACAAGAAGCACCCAGGCAUUGGACUAUAAAGCGCAGGAGCUUGGGCAUCUUUAUACUUUAUAUUCAGUCUGUGCAAGGCUUGUCUCUGUCCUCAAUUUAGACAUUAAGCCUUUCUAGGGUGUUAGUGGACAGGGGCUGAAUCCAGCUAAAGGGGGGAAUAUCCUCCUCUCCCACCCAGAUGUCUGUAACUGUCUCCUUAUAUGUUCUUAACCAGUAGUGGAAAUGAAAGCAAGUCCAGCUUACAUAGCUGUGGAGGUGAUCAUCGCUGUGUUGUCCAUUGUGGGGAACGUGUUAGUGUGCUGGGCAGUGGCCAUUAACAGCACCCUGAAGAAUGCCACCAACUAUUACCUGGUCUCGCUGGCAGUGGCUGAUAUAGCAGUGGGACUGCUUGCCAUUCCUUUUGCAAUCACCAUCAGCAUAGGCUUAGAGACUGAUUUCCACAGUUGCCUAUUCUUUGCCUGCUUUGUACUGGUGCUGACCCAAAGCUCUAUCUUCAGUCUUUUGGCUGUAGCCAUUGACAGGUACCUGGCUAUCAAGAUACCCCUCAGGUAUAAAAGUUUGGUGACUGGAAAAAGAGCUAGGACCACCAUUGCUGUGUUCUGGAUUUUGUCCUUCGGAAUUGGCUUGACACCACUUAUGGGCUGGAACCGUUUGGACGAAGCAUGUCCAUCAGCCAGGAGCCAUAAUUGCACUGUUCCAUGUUUAUUUGAAAAAGUGGUCACAAUGAGUUAUAUGGUGUACUUCAAUUUUUUUGGUUGUGUUCUACUUCCCCUCUUGAUCAUGCUGGGAAUAUACAUAAAAAUCUUUAUGGUUGCCCGCAAGCAGCUUAGACAAAUUGAACUUAAAUGCAUCAGUUCAGACAACUCGAGGACCACCCUCCAAAAAGAAGUGAACGCCGCUAAGUCAUUGGCCAUCAUUGUGGGCCUUUUUGCAUUUUGCUGGCUGCCCAUUCACAUUCUAAACUGCAUCACUUUUUUUGAGCCCAGUUUUAAUAAGACUAAGCCUGAGUGGGUAAUGUAUAUGGCAAUAAUAUUGUCUCAUGCUAACUCGGUGGUCAACCCUAUCAUCUAUGCCUAUAAAAUAAGGGACUUCCGUUACACUUUCCGCAAGAUCAUUUCAAAGUACUUAGUCUGCAAGAAGGACAACUUUUCCAAAUGCCCCAAUGGCAGCAUCAACCACAACAGACACUUACAAAUAAGCACUGUAAGUGCUGGGAACACCUUGAUGUGAUGAUACUGAUGUAGAUGCCUCCAUUCAUACCACUGGGUGUGACUGGCAUUGAAAAUUCCAGUGUAAUUGGGUCUUAUUGACACAUUGUAUAUUCUUGCUGGGACCAUUGACAGUUUGACGACUGACCACAUUGCUGCUGCACUUUGCUCUUUUUAAGAGAUUUCUUCACCAUUAGUUGUUUUUUUUUUUUAAGAUAUUAUUGACACUUUUUGCAACCUCUGAUGUGCUGACCAUAUGCUGUCAUAUAUUGUCAUUUCCUUUACGUAGUCAAAGAUCUGGUUAGGUUUAGCGCAGUCCUUUGGUAACUGCACCUUGUAUCAGCACCUUGUUUUAGUACUCAAGUUUGUCAGGAGAUAUAAAAUCAAAGAACGGAGUUAUACGUUUGGGACAGACUUUAAAUAUAAAUGAUUACCAUAUUUGUCAAAUUUAACUGGCUGAAAAUACAUUCUGAUCAAAUACGGGGGAGAAGUUAAACAAGAUAAAAGGAAGGGUAAACAUUUACUCCAGUCGUUAAUUCUUUUAGAUAAAAUCAAGGGCAGGCAUAAAACAACAGGGUAGUGUGUUCAACCUAAAUUGGGAGUAAGCAUGUGUGGUAGCUGCCAGCUGCUAGCAUCAUGGGACUUGUAGUUUACAGCAGUUGAAAAUCUAGUGGCUGUCCAUUCUUAAGUAAAUUUGUUAUACCAAAGCUGAGAUUAUGUCGUUCUAUGUGUGUACAUUUUGCACAA